AACAUUUAUUGGAAUUAUUAAUGUACAAGACUUUUUUCACUCUUGCUUUACGUAAGAUUCGUUUAUCAUCACACAUCACAUUAAUAUGUUUUCUUUAAUUUUCUUUUCAGGAAAGGGCCUCUUACAGGAGCUACAAUGGAAGGAAAAUUAAAAGAAAAAUUAGAAUCAUUGGGUCUGGCUUGUCUUUGCUUAGCAACUGGUUAUGAAACACCGUUUAGUCACUGGUUAGCCUAUGCAUCGUUAAUAUUAAAAUUAGCAGUACGAAAAAAAUUGCAGAGAGAUUUAACUUUCUCAGCGUCAAUAACAACACCAGUUCUACCAAUUAAUUCAACAAAAUUUAACACAAAUGAUCGAGUUUUGCUCGAAAAUAAAAGGCCAGAAGACCGAUCGAACGAUCGAGAACGAGCUGAUAAAGUCGGUUUCACAAAAGGGCAAUUACUUAGUGAAGCAAUUCGGGCAUAUGGAGUGGAUUUUACGCCAGAGAAUGCAAGACGUUUAUUAUUAACUGAUAAUUUGCACGAGAUCUUAUAUCCGGGUGCACAUAUAUCAGCUGGUAUGCCCCAUAAAACCUAUUUUCAUCACGGUAUUGUUAAAGAAGUGUUAACACCAACAAUUACCGUUAUACAUUUUUGGCAAGAUCCAAUAGGUGGAUGGUCUAAAGUAUGUGAAUGUGAUUUAAAUGAGUUUGUUGCUGCUACACCGCCAGGUCAUCCGAAAGAACUAUUUCGAGCAUUAUAUUUAAUUGAAUAUGAGAAUGAUACAAAAGAAAAACGUGAAGAAACUCUAGCUAGAGCGCAACAGGAAUUAGAUAAUGAAGUUGGACAGCAUACAUUUGAAAGAUUGGAUUAUAAUUGUGAACAUUUUGCUGUUAAAUGGCGUACUGGUAAAUGGGAUAGUGAGCAAACACGUAAAACGAAUCAAGUGCUAGAAAAACUUGAUCCAGAAGUCAAGAAACAGUUAGAAUGGAUAAGAACUAAGUAG